UCAGUGUGAAUUUUGGUAAUUCAUAUUAUAACCGAAAUAAUUUAAAUAUUAGUGACUCUUUUUCUUUUUAUUUGUUCACUAAUCAUUACUAUUAUUAGAUAGACAACCAUUAUUUCAUAUAGAAAUGAAGAGUGAUUGAUUUGACUGUUGCACCGAAACAAAUUUGAAACGUUCCAGUCUGAAGUGUGUAGCUAGCUCGAUAUAACUGUCAAUCUGGGUGUAGAAAUUUAUUUGUAAUUUUCACCGGUUCUCAUGUGCAAUUUCCGAAUGUGUUAGACUAUUUUUAAACAAUUGUUUCUUACGAAAUAAUGUUAUUUAGUGUAUGUGGUGCAUAAAGCUGUGCAAAAAUGGAUGACGGUUCUGUAAAAAUCCAGUCCGGGAUCAACAUCAACAUAAAAAGAACAGAUGGACGGAUUCACUCAGCGAUAGUUUCCGGGGUAAACUUGGAAACGCGGUCAGUGACAGUAGAAUGGUACGAGCGAGGGGAGACCAAGGGCAAGGAGGUGGAGAUCGACGCUAUCCUAGCACUCAACCCAGAGCUCGCGGGUCAGCGCAAUCACACACCUCAUCUUCAGCCCAUGCCCAACAAGCUGGCGAGGGAUAUGACACGACAAUCCAUCCCAGUUGCAACCAAAGCUCCGUCCCGGGUCACCCGAAAUAAUCAGAUGCGGUUGUCGAACGCGGGCGGCGCUUACACGAAUGGUCACGGCGGCGACACGACGGGGCGACGCGGCGCUGAGAACGUGCCGCCCCCACAGCAGCCGCAGGCACCGCCUAACUCUAGGAUCACACAACAGUUCAACCCGCCGGUGUCGUCGGCGCGGCCGGCGGCGGUGUCCAGCACGGUGUCGGUGCCGCACGCCGUGGCGUCGGGCGCCGUGCGGCGCUCCAACGUCGUCAAGGAGGUGGAGCGCCUCAAGGAGAACCGGGAGAAGCGGCGGCAGAGGCAGGCGGAGCUCAAGGAGGAGAAGGAAGCCCUAAUGAAUAUGGACCCCGGCAAUCCAAACUGGGAGUUUUUAGCCAUGAUACGGGAAUACCAAAAUAGUAUCGAAUUCCGACCACUGACUGGCAACGAACCGGUUGAAGAUCAUCAGAUCACGGUCUGCGUGAGAAAAAGGCCGCUCAACAAAAAGGAGAAUGCGAAGAAGGAGGUGGACGUGAUCAGUGUACCGACAAAGGACCAGAUGAUAGUUCACGAGCCGAAAAAUAAAGUGGAUCUCACCAAAUACCUCGAAAAUCAAAAAUUCCGAUUCGACUACGCCUUCGACGACUCGUGCACCAAUGAAGUUGUUUAUAAGUACACGGCCAAGCCGCUCGUGCAGACGAUCUUCGAGGGCGGCAUGGCGACUUGCUUCGCGUACGGACAGACCGGCUCAGGCAAGACGCAUACUAUGGGGGGAGACUUUCAGGGUAAGAUGCAAGACUGCAAGAAGGGUAUAUACGCGAUGGCUGCGCGCGACGUGUUCACGUACCUCAAGUCGCCCAAGUACAAGCCGCUCAACCUCAUCGUCUCCGCCUCCUUCUUCGAGAUAUACUCCGGCAAGGUUUUCGAUCUAUUAGCGGAUAAGGCGAAGCUUCGGGUGCUAGAGGACGGCAAGCAGCAAGUUCAAAUAGUAGGGCUUACCGAAAAGGUUGUCGACAACGUGGAGGAGGUGCUCAAACUCAUUCAACACGGAAACGCCGCGAGAACAUCUGGACAGACGUCGGCGAACUCGAACUCGUCGCGCUCGCACGCCGUGUUCCAGAUCGUGGUGCGCUCGCCCGGCAUGCACCGCGUGCACGGGAAGUUCUCGCUCAUCGACCUCGCCGGCAACGAGCGCGGCGCCGACACCUCCUCCGCCAACCGCCAGACGCGCAUGGAGAGUGCAGAGAUCAAUAAGUCUCUUCUAGCUCUGAAGGAGUGCAUCCGUGCGUUAGGAAUGAAGGGCAACAACCACCUGCCGUUCCGUGUGUCGAAGCUGACGCAGGUGUUGCGCGACAGUUUCAUCGGUGACAAGUCCCGCACCUGCAUGAUCGCCAUGAUCUCGCCCGCCAUGUCCUCGUGCGAGCAUUCGCUCAACACGCUGAGAUAUGCCGACAGAGUGAAGGAGCUAGGCACGUCAGACUCCCGCGGGCGCGCCGAGUCCCCGCAGGCCGACGUGGAGAUGGAGCCCGCGAGCGACGACCUGGCGCAUCUGCGCUCACUCAACGAGGGCGACAUGUCGGCGGAGAUGUACACGUUCCACGAGGCCAUCGACGAGCUGCAGCGCGCGGAGGAGGAGGUGCUCGACAACCACAAGGCCAUCUCCGACUACCUGCAGCACGCGCUGCAGCGCUGCGCCGCGCUGCUGGCGCUCACCCGCGACGUGGACUACGACCAGGACGCUUAUGCAACGCAAUGGGAGGAGCUUCUCAACGAGCAGCUCGCGGUGCUGGCACAGUCGCGGGACCUCGUGGCGGAGUUCCGCGCCAAGAUGCAGCAGGAGGAGCACAUCUCGCGCCGCAUACAGCCCUCGCGCCACCACUAGCCGGCGAGCUCGUGCGGGCCGCGUGCGCGCGUGCGUGCGUGUGCGCGUGUGCGCGAGCGUGCGUAGUGUCGAUGGAUCGAUCUUUGUAUUUGUUUAUUUGCCUUCGAGGUUCUAGAUGAAACUGUAAUGAGAUAGUCUGGAUACGGUUUCGUUUACGGCGAUGAUGAAACGGCUCCUCGAUUGAACGUUGUAUCCGAAGUUCCUAAUUGUAUAUAGACCGUUUGUGUGCAACGGGUUGCACUGAAUAAAAAUAUAGAUAUUUAAUUGUUUGGUUAUUUUCGAUAAAGCUAAAGUUUUUCCUUUUGAAGUUUAUGCAUCGACACUACGUACUGUGGCCUAGUUACACUGUCCAUUACCGUAGCGCAUAUUUAUUACUACAAGAAAUUAAGGCUAUGAUCCUGUGAGUACAACUGCAAAAGUGUAACUAGCAGGAUGCAUUCGCGCGUUCAAGAUAGCGAUUGAAUUUACGGCGGAUUUAAACGAGUGAAAUUUUCAGUACAGUAUUGUAACUACAUUUUUAAGACAGUGUCAUAGCUGGCCUAUCCAAGUUUCGCUUUGAUAUCAAAAAAUCAUGACAGCGUUGUCAAAUCAAAAAUUAUCACUCUAUGUAGAAAAAGCUUAGAAUACUACGAGGUAACGAGGCCGUCAGCGUUAUAAAACAUAGACAUAAAUAGUGUUGUAAGCACAAAGGCCUGUCAAACAUCACAUGGCAUUGAAGGUAUGAUGAUAAAUGCCUUAAAUGAGCUAACGUAAACUUGUCUCUGAAAAUGAGACUUUAUAAGACUUGAUUUCUGGCUUUGCAGCGAUAUCGAUUUCAAAUCGAUUAAUGAUCUGUUUAUUUUUCAUGUCUAGGACGACCCACUGGUGCGACUACAUAUUUAAUUUAGACGUUUUUAUUUUAACAUUUAGUGACUUUUCGACUUGAAUGCAUUUAACUUCGCUAAAGGCCUACUUCUUUGUUUGUAGAUAUUUUAUAUCAAAUACGAGUUAGGUGGUUAAAUCGAUGUGGUCACCUCGUUUAUCCCGGUGUUAACAUGUAUAAAUUUUUGGCAUGACAAAAUUAUUUAAGGAUUUCUAAUAGGUAUAUGAUUUAAACUGUAUCAAAUGAAUGUCAGUUUAUUCAUAAUAAUAUACAAUAUAAUUCUAUUUUAACUUUUUGCGUGAUGACAGCUGUCAAUUUCAGCAACUAUGUGAAACAGAUUAUAAAUAUGUGCUGAUCAGAGAUUAAAAAUUCAUUUGAAAUAUUUUUUUGACAGUAAAAUUCUAAAUACUCGUACUGUUGUGAGUUAGUUUUUAAUAUGUUGGUGUGAAUAAAAUUUGUAACCAUUAUAAACGGCUAAUUAUUAUAUGACGAAUUGUAUUUUACUGAAUUUCAUAUGAAAAUUCGUUUAAAGUGAUUCGUUAAGCCGGCGCCACACGUAUUUAUUGCAAUAAUUCGUCAUUUUAAUGCAACGAAUGCGAAUGUGUAUCUACCGACAUGUUACAGAAAGUUAAAAUAAUUACGGCGAAUUUUUAAAGUCGUAAAUAAAUCUCUGUCUAAUAAUAUUGGAACUUUCUAAAAGACCAAACAUAAAAUAUAAUAGAUUUUUUUCAUAAAAGUUGAUAAUUUGAAUGUCCGUAGGUUAUUACCAAAAUACAUAUUUUUUUACAACAAUAUAACAUGUAAUUUGUGCCCAGUUUUGAGAUCAUAGGAUAAUUUCUAUGCCAUUUGUGCCUGUUAUUCACUGACUUACACGUCUUUUUCAAUGAUAAUAGCAGUUAGUACACAGUAAUUGUUGUUAUAUUAUGUAUUUGUUGAAUGAGUACCACUAAUUAGAAAAUCAAUUUCCAGUUCAUAUGCAUCAGGUAUCGUGUGGCGCCGGGACUAGUGUGGAAAUGACGUUUCCUUUAUUAUUAAAAUGUUAUUCGUAAAGGACAAAUGUCAGCUACAUAUAGCUAGUGUAACAUUUAUUUGAAAACAUAUUCAAUAUUGUACUUUUAUUUCAUAUCAUAAAAAAUUAAGUUACAUGUUGAAAAUCUAAGAGAACCGUUUAAUAUAACUAACUAAUUACUAAUUAUACGAGAAACAAAAAAAUCGUAAAAUAUAUUUGCUAUAAAAUAUUAUGGAUAGAUUCAACUGCCAAUGUAAAUUAAAAAGACUAAAGCCACUUCAGACUAUUGUUAGUAAAUUGAAGAUUAUGUUAUGUUGAGACAUGGUGAGGUAUACUGACAUUUUAUCUCUAGACAUAUUGUAAAGUAAACGUCUUCCAAGUGGUGAGAUGAGUAUCGAGUUAAGAGUAGCACUGAUCCAUAGAACUUUCAGGCUGGCGACUGAUAUAAAAUGUAAUAAUGUGACUUUCGCGAUGAGCGUGGCCGUUGCGAGCUCAAUGCGAACGCACGCGUGCGCCAUUUUGAUUAGUAGUGAAGACGACGAUAAUUUAGUUAUUAGAUAGAAAUUCAUAGCGAUACCUUUACUAAGCAUUACGUAACACCGACUGCGGAUGGAGCACGCUGAACUCGCUGAGCACUUGGCUCGAUUGAUUUUACGAAUGCUUACAUUGUUAUGUACAUAUAAUGUAUUACGUUCAAAUGACAGGUCAGUCUACACCUUUAAACAAAUUAGUAAUGAGUAUACCAUCGUGCCUGUUCCGCAAAUGUACAAACUAAACGACUACCAUAAAAUAUAGGAACAUUGUAUGUAUACUUUUAUUAAAUAUUUUAGAAUUAUAAUAUUCAAUUGAAUGUAUGAGCAUUGGAUUAUAUGUAUUUUAUAUAUUCUUCUGUUAUUUGCAUAUAAGUAUGUAUUAAUCUUUAUAGAUCUUCUUUUAUUGUUCAUUUGAUAUUUCUAUUAUACUUUAAGAAACAUUCCCUAUCUCUUUUAUGUAAAAAUAGGCUGUAUAUAAAUAUUAUGAAUAGUCCAAGUUUGAUUUCCUUCGGUUAGGAUAUAACAUGUCUAGAAAUAAAAUGUCAUUGUGCUGAGUUACAAAUGACUGACACGUAACCGGUGAAAUAAAUUUCUAUACACAGAUACUCAUGUUAUACAGGAAGUCUUUGUGUAAUUAUUCAUACUCAUUUAAAAGCAUCAUCUCAUAAAAAUCGUAAAACAUUAUAUUAUAAUUUAAAAAUAGUAAAUACACUUAAAAAGACUAAUGAUUAUAGGUUUUUCAAGUCAAUACUUAUAUUUUCGUUUUUUUUUUUGUAAUGCGACUUAUUUAUUAUGUUGUGAUAAUAAUUGUAAACAUAUUUGUACUUUGGAUAGCGUUCUGUUGAAUUUCUUAGCGCGUUUCUUAAAUAAAAAUUGCUUAUAAAAGUUUAUUUGAUUUUCUCGUUAUCUGUCUAAAUGUACAUACAUUAAUAAAAAAAUCUUUACUAUUUUAAUAAAUUAUCGUUCUGAUUUUGAAAUGUCCAUAAAAUUAAAUUUUGUGACAUUUGGAUAGAUAAUGAAAAAGUUUUUUUUUAAAUGUACUGGUGCUAGGCUACUAGAUCAUUCAAUUGUGCCUCGACGGUCAAAAUUCCUUUUAUAUUAUCUGUUGACGUCAGUUCCUAUGUUAUGACUAAGGUACAGACAAAAAAAUCCUAGUAUUUCUUUGAAAAUCGUGUUCCUCACUACUCAGAAUAUUAUUAUUAAAAUUAUCGUUCAAUAUUAAACAUAUUAUAAAAUAAAUGUUAUUGAAUUAUGCUGUACCGUCGAGGCGAAAACCUCUUACAAAGUUUAUUAGAUAGUGCUUAUUAAUAAAUAAUAAUAAAAAAAUCGGUACUCUGUAUCAGAGUGACUGUGUGCGCCGAUGAUAAACGUAAUCUCUAAUUAAUCAUACAUAAUUUUUAAUUAUAGUGUGAUUAAUCAUUUAUGUUAUAUUUUGUAUUUAUAGCGAGUUCUUUCAGACGUGACCGUUACCAUCGGUUUCGUAUGGAAGCGCUCUAUACUGAGAUUUGUAACCUGAGUUUUAUUUGCCUUGCAAUGAAUUCGUUUUGUAUAGAAGUGUUGCGUUAAUUGAACAAGUGAGGGAUGCGAGGUGCGACGUGCGGGUCGUGCUAGUUGAAAUGCUUUAUUAUGAUAAACCUAUUUUAACAUCGCACAUUAUAAUAAAUUAAUCGAAAUUGGA